AUGCCUCCGUCCGCGCGUUUCUCGAGAGCCCCGCCCCAUCAACAGCGCUACACCGAUAACGAUGAGGACCUGGAAGACGACGGCUUCGAGGACGAGGAUAUCGACGAAGAUGGAGAUGCCAUGGAAGACGUAGAAGAAGGCAACGAAGAGGAAGUCGAAGUCGAAGAAGACGACGAUGAAGACGAAGACGAGGCACACGACCUCCCACCCACCUCCCCAACCCAACACCCCCCUCUCCCCGCCCACCUCCGCGAAAUCUCCUCCCUCGCCUCCUGGACCGUCUCCAGCAGCAAACCCGGCUGCUCAAUCGCCCAGCUGCGCUCACCCAGCACAUCCGCCUUCUGGCAAUCCGACGGACCGCAACCGCACUACCUCAACAUACACUUCUUCAAGCGCGUCAGCAUCGCCGGCGUCCGGCUCUUCCUCGACUUCGACGCCGACGAGUCCUACACCCCGACACGCAUCGUCUUCCUCGCCGGCACGGGCUACAACGAUCUCGUCGAGUGGGCGGAGAUGCGCCUGGAGCAGCCGCGCGGCUGGUGCAGCGUGGACAUGAGCAACGUAGGAAGAUACGAGUAUCUAGACGACAGCGACGACGCAGACGACCACAGCGAUGCUGCAGACUCAGAUGAUGACGACGACGACGAAGACGCGGACUCGGACGACGCAUUCCCACUCAGCACGCCGAGCACGUCCCCAUCGCCGCCCGUCUCGCGCGACGGCAGCAAGAGCCCCCUUCCGCGCGAACACACCAGCACAAGAACGAAAUCUACACAUCGUAGACGCCGACGGCGCCGCCGCCGCGCACCGACGCUUCGCGCGCAUCUGCUGCAGGUCAAGAUCAUGGAGAAUCACCAGAACGGCAAGGAUACGCAUCUGCGCGGCCUGCAGAUCUUCGCGCGGGAUCGGACGAGGAGGGAGGAGCCCCGGGUGAGAGUGCCAAAUGUGGCGGUGCAUGGCGGCAGCAGCAGCACGCCUGUGGGACUGACGAGGGGGGGUGGAGGAGGAGGAGGAGUGGGGAGAAUGGGUGGAAGUCCGGUAAAGGAACUGGCGAUGCGGACGAAGAAGAGUGUAUUGGGUGGGCUAGGCGACUGGGGUGACGGACCAGAUUUGCGUUGAGCCAGUUAGUGCGUGGAUCUGAUAACCAUGAUGGAGGGCGAGGACAGUUCGAUAUUGGAGCGCGACGCCAUGAGCAUAGAGUAGCAUGAGAUACCCAAGGCACGGCGCAAGGAGUGUGGGCACGCACGUACUGCACAUGAAGAACCUGUUAUACAAAAGACAUGGCACUGCAUCUAGUCUCUCUCAAGGAUAACGGCGUUGAUCAAAGUGAUAAGUUCCAUUGUCCUGACAAAAAAAUCUUAACCUGUGCUGGCUGUAUUUACAUAUAUAAUGGCUGCCUGUGUGCCCAGGUUGUGUUUAUGCACCGUACAAAAUCGACGAAC